GACGCCUCUCCAUUUCCCACCACAACCUCGCCUCCCCCAAGCCAAACCGAGAUUAGAGCCCUUUGUAUGUGCGCAGCGGCCAUGGCCGGUAACGGGAGCCCAGCGCCGAGCCUGGAAGAUCCGCUCGCCUCCUGCCCCGUGUGCAUGGAAUAUUUCAUAGAUGCCAGCUGCGGGCACAACAUCUGCCCGCGGGCCUGCAACCCAGACCCCCGGGAGGAGCCGGAGUGGAGCCCUUGCUGCCCUAGAUGCCAGAAGCCCGUCCUGCACGUGUCAUGCGCCACAUACUGGGAUAUGUCAAAAGAGUGGCUGGCCUGUCUGAUAAAAGAGAGAGAAGAAACCAAAGCUGAUGAGGAGAUGCAAAGUGAGAAGCUGCUGAAACAGACGGAAGCUGAGAAACAGAGGAUCCUCUGCGAAUGGAAGGAUCUACGUGGGUUUCUGGAGAAGCAGGAGCAGGUGCUGCUGUCCCAGCUAGAAAAGCUGGACAGAGCCAUUGUCAAGAGAAGGGACAAGAGCAUCUCUGAGCUGUCCCAGGAGAUUUCUCUGCUAAGUGAACUGCUCAAUCAGAGGGGAGGAGAGAAUGGGCAGGAGCCACUGAGCCAGUCCAUACAGGGUGUGGGCAGCUCUGAGAACAGCAGGGAGGACAGGACGCUGCAGAAGCCAGAGUCUGGGUUUGUGGAGCUGGAGAAGAGUCUUGGGGAUUUCUCUCAGAGAAGUGCCACCUUGCUGGAGCUGCUGCAGGGAUUCAAAGAGACUCUGCGACUGGAGCUGGACAGCAACAUAGGUUUUCUAAUUCCAAAACCUGAGAUGAUUGCUCAGGUGGAAUGGGGCAAAGAACCCUGGGUGCCAGAUCUCCAGUGCUCCAAGGAAAGAGAGAUCCUGAGAAACACCCGCACAGCAGGUGAUGGGAUGGUGAGUGGGAACGAGGAGGAGAAUCCACAGCAGGAAGGUCCCAAGCGAGUGGAACCUCAUGGGACAGUAUCAGGAAUAUCCAAAGCAAAUGUUUCCCAGAGUCCUGAUCUGGAAGAAGCCCAUGAGAGUCGGUGCAGGUCAGAAAGGCAGCAGGAAAACCACCAAGAGAAGUUGCAGGGUAAAUCCACUCACCGAGGGGAAGGCUUGGAGGAUCUCAAUGAAACGGUGAUCCAGCUGAAAAUUGGCACUAAAAAGAAACAGCAUGAAUGUGUUGAGUGCAGGAAAAAGUUUAAUCACAAAUCAAACCUUACUAGACAUCUGAAACUGCACACAGGAGAGAAACCAUUUAUGUGCAGUGACUGUGGGAAAACCUUCACUCGGAGGUCACACCUCAUUUCACACCAGACAACGCACUUGGGUCAGAAACCUUAUCCCUGCUGUGACUGUGGGGACAGAUUCACUCGGUGCUCAAACCUUAUUUCACAUCAGAGAAUCCACUUGGGAGAGAGACCCUAUAAAUGCCCCGACUGUGGGAAAAGCUUCAGUUCAAAAUCAAACCGCACUGUUCAUCAGAGAAUCCACACCGGAGUAAAACCUUAUAAGUGUGCUGAUUGUGGGGAAAGUUUCAUUCAGAGCUCACACCUGGUUGUUCAUCAGAGAACACACACAGGAGAGAGACCCUAUACAUGCCCCGAUUGUGGGAAAAGCUACAAGGCGAAGGUUGCUCUAAUUUCCCAUCAAAAAGUCCACGGAAGAUGGGAGCUCUCACUGUGGGGCAAUGGGUCUGUGCCCACCUGCAACAAACUAUAAUUUGUUUCAUUUGAGGGUGGAUCUGGAUGGGACAGUAGGUGGCUAGAUGGUUUGGUUACAGUGGAUGGUGGUGGAGGCCAGAAUAGGAGGCAAGUAUCAGAGGGGUAGUUGUGU